AUGCCGAGCGACGAGGAAAACCCAGUGCUUUGGGGCUCGCCCGCGCAAACCGGCGCGGCCUUCGAUUUCCGAAGCGACGUGGUCACGACUCCAUCACAAGGCAUGCUCUUGGCCAUCGCUCGCACGACCCUCAACGACGAUGUCUACGGCGAGGAUUCAACAACGAAAAGCUUCGAGGAGGAAAUGGCCAAGACGUGUGGCCACGAAAGCGCCGCUUUCGUCCUCUCGGGCACCAUGGCGAACCAGCUUGCCAUCCGCUCACUCCUGCACCAGCCGCCGCAUGCCGUCCUCGCCGACGCCAGCGCGCAUAUCAUACAUUGGGAGGCCGGUGGCGUAGCGCACUUGUCGGGUGCGAUGGUUCAAGGGAUCCGUCCGCUGAAUGGUCUUUAUCUUACCCUCGAGGACGUCAAGAAGCAUGCUGUCCUGACGGAUGAUGUACACAAAUGUCCCACGCGGGUCGUCAGCAUCGAGAACACCAGUUCCGGGGUGGUUAUACCCCUGGCGGAGUUACAGAGAAUCAAAGCGUGGGCUUCAACGCAUGAGGUUGCCGUUCACAUGGAUGGAGCUCGACUAUGGGAGGCUGUAUCAGCAGGUGCGGGCGCGUUGGACGACUUUGGAAAGUGUUGUGACGUCUUGACGCUGGACUUUAGCAAGAACCUCGGUGCUCCUAUGGGUGCCAUGGUGCUGGGCCCAUCCGAGUUGAUCCGGAGACUGAAACGAAUCCGGAAGAGUAUUGGAGGUGGCAUGCGACAGGCCGGUGUUCUGGCUGCGGCAGCUCGGCAGGCGGUUGUUGAGAAUUUUGGGUUGGGAGGCAGAGAUACUAAGAGGGUCUUGAGGACCAGUCGUGUUCUAGCAGAGAGGGUUGGGAGGAUGUGGGUAGAGAGAGGGGGGAGGUUACUAAAGCCUAUCGAGACCAACAUGGCCUGGUUGGAUCUCAAGAGCUGCAACAUAGAAGUCAAGGAAUGGAAUGAUCUCGGGAAAAGGAAGGGAAUCAAGCUCGACGGGAAGAGGGUUGUGGUGCAUCAUCAGAUUGAUGAGAUGGCCAUGGAGCGUCUGGCUGGGGUGAUGAAUACAGCCCUUGGUCAUGUUGCAGAGGGCGGAAUUUUAAUCGCUGGGGCCGCGACAGCCCCCGUUCCGCCCAAGAUGAUGCAUCCGUCGCGACAGGCCUACGUGGAGGAGGCCAUGGACGAGGACAGAGGAAUCGCGCUCGAGGACAUUCCCGUCGACCAUGACUACGAGAUCCCUUCUGCGGCGUCCGGCGUGGCGCCUGAGAAAGCCUCCGCCGUUCUGGCGCAGAUGGAGAGGAAAAAGCUGGCCGCUAGCAUCGCGGUGCCUACCGACGACAACCGAGUGCGCGCGAGGCUCAGAGAGCUGGGCGAACCCAUAACACUAUUCGGAGAGGGCAAGCCCGAAAGACGAGACCGUCUGAGGAACCUACUUGCUAUUCAGAAGGAGAUGGACGAUGUCGAUGUCGAGAUGCAGGAGGCUGGAGACGAAGACGCGGACGACCAAGACGAAGAAUUCUAUACCCCGGGUGGCCCAGCAUUGUUACAAGCACGUAUCGAUAUCGUUAAAUACUCGCUCCCUAGAGCAAGACGACGAGUCCAGUUUCAGAAAGCAGAGUCGACAAUCCCCUUGCGCACGCACGUCAAGUUCCGAAAACAGAUUAAGGAGAAGUUGGAGGGCUUCGAGCUUCAGGGCAGUCAAACAGCUGGCGACCGAAAUGUCAGCAUGACGAGGUUAUCACCCAAUGGAGAGAUUGUCGCGGUGGGCAACUGGGGAGGAGGUCUGAAACUCAUCGAGGUGCCCAGCCUGGAGCAGAAGAUGAACCUGCGAGGACAUACCAACAAGAUCAGCGGUCUCUCAUGGUAUCCGGGCUCUACGCUGCCCGAAUCCAAUGUGUCUCCCAGCACUGUCAAUCUCGCGUCUGGAGGAGCCGAAGGUGUUGUGCAUCUGUGGGGACUUGAGCAAGACACACCGCUGUCGACACUCUCUGGCCACAGUGCUCGCGUAUCUCGUGUCGAGUUCCAUCCCUCUGGAAGGUAUGUGGCAUCUGCCUCAGAUGAUACGACAUGGAGACUCUGGGACGUAGAGACCACCGCGGAGCUGUUGCUCCAGGAAGGUCACUCGAGAGGUGUUUAUGCAGUGAGCUUCAACGCGGAUGGCUCCCUUUUGGCCAGCGCCGGCCUGGACAGCAUUGGUCGCAUCUGGGACUUGCGAUCAGGACGGACUGUCAUGAUUCUGGACGAGCACAUCCAACCGAUAUACGCCCUCGACUGGGGAUCGGAUGGACACCGAGUGCUGUCAGGAUCGGCAGACGGCUGGGUCAAGUGUUGGGACGUUCGGAAGGUUCAGAGGACGGCAAACCUGGGAGCUCACACAAAGGCCGUGUCUGAUCUCAGGUGGUUCAAGGGAACGGACGACCCGAUCGAUGGGCAUCCACCGGGGGUUGACGAGAGCGGUGCGCAGCAGCCCAAGAAGGCCGGCACAUUUUUCGUAUCUGGUGGAUUUGAUGCCAAGGUCAAAAUCUUCUCGGCGGACAACUGGGGAGUCAUCCAGACUCUAAGUGGACAUGCCGGUCCGGUUUCCAGUGUGGACGUGAGCAGAGACGGAAAGUGGAUUGUCAGUGGAGGGCAUGACCGGACGGUGAAGCUCUGGGGUCGCAAUGACGGCGAGGGAAUCUAG